CUCUCUCUCUCUACAAACAAGGAACUUGGAAGUCCCGAAACCCUCCUCUCCUAAAUCCUUAUCUCCUCGGCCAAACUCCCCCCCCUUCAUUUCCACAAAACCCAAAUCCCAAAAACCCUUCAACUUCCACCUCACCGCCAGCAGCCUCCGAUGGAGUCCAAGCUUUCUGCUUCCGAGGAGGAGGCUCAGCACCUCUUAAACGCACCAGGUUCUUCCUUUUUUUCUUCGCAGUACUCUGAUAUCGAUGAUUUAUCGAAAACCCAUGUUUCCCAAAUUGAUAACGACGAGAAAUUUAGCGGGGUUGGUGGCCGUGGUGACGGUGGCGCGUCGGAGACUGAGGAGGGGUUUGGGAGUGGGGAGGAGGAUUUUGAUUCCGAGAGGGCGUUUGUGAGAGGCGCAGUGGUUGGGGGUGGUGCAGGAGAGGAGGAGGAUUCCAGUGUUAAGUUUGUUAACUCGUCGGAAUUCUUCUAUCCGACGAGUAGUCUGCGGCCGGUUGCCAAGGUUUCGGUGGAUGACGACGACGAGGAGGAGGAUACCAGGGAAGAAGGGGUUAGGGAUUUGAAGAGUUUAGAGGGUGGGGGUUCUAACGGUGUCGCUUGGGGGGAUAGUGGGAUGGGGAAGAGUGAAAAUUUGGGUGAAGUGGUCACGGAAAAUGGUGUUAGUGGUGGUGAAGGUGAUAACGUAGUUGAGAAUUCGAAAUUGGUUGAGGGUUUAGGCUCGGUGGUGGAGGAAACCCCGGCAGUGGAGAAAAGCCCUGUGGUGGAGAAGCCGGUGGAGGUGGCUGAAGUAGAUGAUAAGGAGGCUGUAGAUAAGUUUGUUGAAGUUGAAGAGAAUGGUAUGGAAAUUACUAGUGGAGGUGACUCAGUUGUGCAGGAUAUACAUGCCAAUUUGUCACAUACAGGAGCAGCUGUUGUCGUUGGCGAUGUAGAGACGAUUGAGGAAUCUGAAAUAAAGGGCUUGAUGGUUGAUAAAGGUGUGAGUUUGGAUAAUGGUUUUGAUCAAAUUAGCCGGGAGGUGGCUGAAGUAGAUGAUAAGGAGGUUGUAGAGCAGCCUAAGGAUGAGGAUGUUUUCAAUGACGAAACAGAAGUUGUGAGAGAGAGUAAAGAAAAUGGCGUGGUGGGGGAUGAGCCAGCUGAUGAUAAGUUUGUUGAAGUUGAAGACAACGGUGUGGAAAUUACUACUGGAGGUGACUCAAUUGUGCAGGAUAUACAUGCCAAUUUGUCACAGACAGGAGCAGCUGUUGUCGUUGGCAAUGCAGAGAUGAUUGAGGAAUCUGAAAUAAAAGGCUUAGUGGUUGAAGAAGGUGUGAGUUUGGAUAAUGUUUUUGAUCAAAUUAGCCGUGAGACCAAAGAACCAAAUGACUCGGGGUCAGUGGCUGUGGAAUAUGUGCAUGACAGAGCGGUUGUUCCUGAGUCUGGGAAUGUGGAUCAUGGAGAGAAAGCUGUUGUUGCUGCUAGUGUGGAUGAAGUUGAUCUCGAGAAGAGGCCAGAAAGGGAGGAUGGACUGAAAUCUGAUUCCGAAACCAGAGAGAAAGGGAUGGUGAGGGAAUUAGGUGCUGAUGUGGUCUCAGAUGACAAACUAUUGGUUGGGAAUGGAGCUGAAAUGGAAACUGUGAACGUUGUUUCUGGUUUAGCAGAACAAGAACCAGAGACUGAGGCAAAACCGGGUAACGGUGACUUGAGUGUACAUGAUGAAGUGCAUGAAUUGACAGCGGCUGUCCCUGGAAAAUAUGUGGCACCUGAGUUUCUGGAUUCAAGUUCUAAUAGCCGAGAAGUAAAGCUAGAUGAGGAAGUUGAGGAGAAGCAUUCCUCUGAUGAAGUUGGCAUUGAAUCCGUGGGUCCAAAUUCCAUUUCAAACCGAGAGAUAAGAGUCGAAACUGAUGAUGGCGAUGGCAAUAAGGAUCUUCAAGAUGAUCAUGAUAAUGAUCUUCAAGAUGAUGAAGGUGAGAAUGAAGGUUCAGUUACAGAUGCGAACAAUGAAGGUAUGAUUUUUGGAAGCUCUGAAGCUGCUAAACAGUUUUUGGAAGAGUUGGAGCGAGGAUCAGGUGCUGGCUCUUACUCAGGUGCUGAGAGUUAUCAUGAUCAUUCACAGAGAAUUGAUGGCCAGAUUGUCACGGAUUCGGAUGAAGAAGUGGACACUGAUGAGGAAGGGGGCGGAAAAGAGUUAUUUGAUUCAGCUGCGUUGGCAGCUCUUUUGAAAGCAGCAACAGGUGCUUCCUCAGAUGGUGGCAAUGUUACAUUUACCACCCCAGAUGGAUCCAGGCUUUUCUCCGUUGAGCGUCCUGCUGGGUUGGGGUCCUCAAUUCGGUCGUUGAAACCUGCUUCACGACCAAACAACUCGAACCUUGUGACUUCCAAUGCCACAGUUGGGGGAGGUUCUGAGAACUUGAGUGAAGAAGAGAGAGCGAAGCUCGAAAAGUUUCAGCAGAUAAGGGUUAAGUUCUUGAGGCUUGUUCAGAGAUUAGGUGUUUCUACAGAAGAGUCGGUGCCAAGACAGGUUCUAUACCGCCUAGCUCUUGUGUCAGGGAGGCAAAACAGUCAAGAAUUUAGCCUUGAAGCUGCAAAGAUGACCGCUCUCCAGCUUGAAGCAGAGGAGAAAGAUGAUUUGGACUUCUCCUUGAACAUAUUGGUUCUUGGGAAAGCAGGUGUUGGGAAGAGUGCCACUAUAAAUUCGAUUUUCGGUGCAGAAGUUACCCCAAUUAAUGCUUUUGCACCUGGAACAACUACUGUGAAAGAAAUUGUUGGAGUGGUGGAUGGAGUCAAAAUUAAGGUGUUUGAUACACCAGGUCUGAAAUCUGCUGCAAUGGAACAGGGCAUAAAUCGCAAAAUUUUAUCUUCUGUGCAGAGGCAUAUGAAAAAAUCCCCCCCAGAUGUUGUCCUCUAUGUGGAUCGGAUGGACUCGCGAAGUAGGGAUCUAAGUGAUGUCCCAUUGUUAAGAUCAAUCACUAAUGCCCUUGGUCCUUCAAUUUGGCGAAGCACCAUAGUUACUCUGACUCACAGCUCAUCUGCUCCUCCUGAUGGACCAUCAGGCUCCCCUCUGAAUUAUGAGAUGUUUCGUAGUCAGCGGGAACAAAUCAUGCAGCAGACUAUUGGACAAGCUGUUGGUGACCUAAGGUUUAUGAAUCCAAGUAUGAUGAGUCCAAUAUCUCUUGUAGAGAACCACCCGUCUUGUCGGAAGAGGGAUAAUCAGAAAGUGCUCCCUAAUGGUGUAGCUUGGAGAUCCCAUCUAUUGCUCUUAUGCUACUCUAUGAAGAUCUUGUCUGAUGCGUCUAAUCUCUCAAAACCUCAGGAAUCAUUUGAUCACCGUAAGCUCUUUGGUUUGCGUUCCCGUUCAGCUCCUCUUCCAUACUUGUUGUCUUGGCUGUUGCAAUCUCGUCCGCACCCAAAGCUUGCUACCGAUCAAGGUGGUGAGAAUGCUGAUUCAGACAUUGACUUGGCUGACUUGUCCGAUUCUGAUCAAGAGGAAGAAGAGGAUGAGUAUGAUCAGCUUCCGUCAUUUAAGCCCCUCAAGAAGGCCCAGAUUGCUAAGCUUAGUAGAGAGCAGAGGAAAGCGUACGCUGAGGAGUAUGAUUAUAGGGUUAAGCUCCUCCAGAAAAAGAUGUGGAAAGAAGAGUUGAGAAGGAUGAAGGAAAUGAAGAAGAAGGGCAAGGUCAGUGAAGAGGAGUAUGGUUAUUUGGGUGAAGAGGAUCCAGAAAACGGUGCUCCAGCAGCUGUGCCGGUUGCAUUACCUGAUAUGGUUUUGCCGCCUUCUUUUGAUGGUGAAAAUCCAGCUUACAGGUACCGGUUCCUGGAGCCGACUUCUCAGUUCACGGCAAGGCCAGUGUUGGACCCCCAAGGCUGGGACCAUGACUGUGGGUACGAUGGUGUCAACCUUGAACAUAGUCUGGCCAUUGCUAAUUCUUUUCCAGCAGCUGUUGCUGUUCAGCUUACAAAGGAUAAGAAAGAGUUCAAUAUCCAUUUGGAUUCCUCGGUUGGUGCUAAGCACGGGGAGAACUGGUCGAGUAUGCUAGGGUUUGACAUUCAGAACAUUGGAAAGCAACUUGCAUACAUUGUGCGAGGAGACACCAAAGUCAAGACCUCCAAGAGGUUCAAGAAUGCUGCUGGAGUAUCUGUGACAUUUUUGGGUGAAAAUGUGUCCACUGGACUCAAAGUUGAACAACAGUAUGCGAUUGGCAAGCGUCUGGCAUUGGUGAGUAGUACUGGUGCUGUCCGGUCUCAGGGCGAGUCAGCAUAUGGAGCAAACUUGGAGGUGCGGCUGAGGGAGGCAGAUUUUCCAAUUGGCCAGGAUCAAUCCACAUUGGGUUUGUCUCUAGUGCGGUGGAGGGGUGACUUGGCCCUGGGGGCAAAUUUCCAGUCCCAGUUUUCCCUCGGGCGAAACUACAAGAUGGCUGUUCGUGCAGGGUUGAACAACAAGCGCAGUGGACAGAUCUCAAUCAGAACAAGCAGCUCCGAACAACUACAACUUGCUCUUAUUGCUGUGAUUCCAGUCGUCAAGGCUAUCUACAACAACAUCUGGCCCGGAGCCAGUGAGAACUACUCCAUGUAGUAAGAUACGUCCUAUUCAUUUUGUCAUCUGUUUCCCGUAUGUUAUAUUUAUGAGGUCGAUGUCUUGAUCUUUUGUCAAAUAAAGUUGAGAUUGCGAGAUGAGUAGUGUCGAAAAUGCCAUGGAACCUAGAGAGGGAGUUUAUUCGAUGAGACGUUGCUGUUAGAAUCUCAGAUUAUGUAUUAAUGUUUCGUAGUUAAUGAGAAGUUGAGUUUAUUCA